CCUAACAUGGAGUACGUUGAUGCAUUAGAAAUUAAAAUAGAAAGAUCGUAGGAAAAUUUAGGAAGGCAGGAAAAUAGAUUGUGUAUGGGGUAUGGUAUUGACAAAUUAAUGAAAUAAAUCAAAAUUAAAAGGAUACAGCCAGUUCGAGAUUCACCCAAGAUUUGGAAAGUUUCCUAAUUCCAAAUGUUCCUCUGCUUAAGAACAUAGGCUUCCACCCACCAAAUUAGCAACUAUAGUAUAUAUAUGUAUGCAUACAUAGCCAACUGCCUUUCACUCACGCAAGUCCCAUAGUCUCUCCCUCUUUUCCUAUUCCAGUGUAGCCAUGGCCAACCUUUUCAAAUCUCUGCAACUUUUAUGCCUUUUGUUUUCUCUGUUAACGUCCCUUUCCCAUGCGCAAUCCUGCACCAGUGGCAACUUUCCCAACAACCAGAUCUUUAGUUCAUGCUAUGAUCUUCCAGUUCUGGACUCUUCCAUUCACUGGAACUAUGACCCCUCUUCCCAGUUGGUCCAAUUGGCUUAUAGGAAAACUGGAGUGGCUCCUUCCACAUGGAUUUCCUGGGCCAUCAAUCCUACUACCAGGGGCAUGGUUGGAUCCCAGGCGCUUGUUGCUUUCCAGGGAACUGAUGGGAGCAUGACCGUUUACACCUCUCCAAUAACAAGCUACCAAACUCAGCUGCAACAAGGCAGUUUGAGUUUCCCGGUCUUUGAUCUUUCUGCUAUGCAGGAAAACUGCGAUAUGAUUAUAUUUGCUACCAUACAGCUUCCUGGGAACACCACAAUGGUGAACCACGUCUGGCAAGAAGGCCCGGUCUAUGGGAAUGUUCCUGGGAUUCAUGCGUUGUCUGGAGCUAACAUGCAAUCCUUUGGAAGCAUUGAUUUUCUUUCGAAAAAGACUGCAGCCACUAGAGGAUCAGGAAAGUCAUGGGAUAUGAAAACUGUUGAUGUCCUGGUGAAUACAAUCAGUUGGGGUACUCUAAUGCCUAUUGGAGUCAUCAUAGCAAGGUACCUAAAAGCAUCCAACACAGGUCCAGCUUGGUUCUACCUCCAUGUUUUCUGCCAGUGCACUGCCUAUGCUGCCGGUGUUUUUGGUAGGGCAACCGAUCUCAUAUUAGACUAUCGGUCACUAGGAAUCCAACACACCAUCCACAGAUACAUCGGCAUUGCCCUCAUUGUUUCUGCCACACUUCAGGUUCUUGCUCUCUUCCUGAGGCCCAAGGAGGAACAUAAACUACGACAAAUAUGGAACAUAUACCACCAUUUGAUUGGCUACGGCACCAUCAUCCUGGGCGUGUUCAAUGUUUUCAAAGGCUUUGAUAUAUUGAAACCCCAGAAGAAGUGGAAGAUUAUUUACAUCCUUGUAAUUUCUGGGUUGGGCAUCAUUUCAGUUGGGCUGGAGUUUAUUAUGACAUAUGUGAAGUCUAAGCCGAAGAAGGCCGUAGUUCAUGGCCAGGCGCCACCCAAUCCACAAGAAGAGGAAGCUUAGAUGGAGAAGACAUGCAUCUGAAUCAAUUGGCUGUUCUUUCACAAUCAACACAACUUUUUUUAUCUUCUUAAUUAAUAGUCCUACACUAGAAAAUUAGGAAAAGAAAAUUGAAGAAAAGCAAACAAAAAUUUAUGUUGGGGAUUCGAAGGUGCAGCCCACUCAUUCUCCCUCAAUUCUAAUUUGGUUGCAACCAUCAUAUAUCUACCACAAAACUCAGGGAUGAGUGUUUUUAUUUUUAUUUAUUUAUUUAUUGUAAUAGAGAAUGAAUUACUUCAUCAUUCAA